AUGACGUCCAACCGACCCUUAGCAUCAUUUCAGCUCCUAUCAUUCGAUAUAUAUGGCACCUUGAUUGACUGGGAAAGUGGAAUUAUCGAAAGCCUUAAACCCCUCAGCGACCGUCUCCCGGAUUCGCACCUGUCAGAGUUAGAUCCCCUAGCUCUGUGUUCCUCUCUGAAUAAGUACGAACGUGCGUUUCAAGCGGAGAACCCAAGGCAAACCUACGAUCUAAUUCUCAAGGCCUCAUAUGAAGCCCUUGCAAAGGAGCUACAAGCCCUCCCAGCUGCUGCUGGUGGAGAGGAUCCAUCCUCCAUUUUGGACAAAGAGGGAACCGCUUUUGGAGCUAGCAUUGGCACUUGGCCUGCGUUCCCAGAUACGGUUGAGGCGAUGCGCAAACUGAAGAAACGAUACAAGCUUGUACCCUUAACAAACGUUGAUCGCGUCUCUUUCCAGAGAACCCUCCAUGGACCGUUAGGCGGUGUUCAUGAAGGGCUAGGGGAUGGGGAACGGUUUUUUGACGCCGUAUAUACAGCGCAGGAUGUUGGGUCUUAUAAACCUAAUCCAAAAAACUUUGACUAUUUGCUAUCGCAUGUGAAAUCAGAGUUCGGCUUGGAGAAGGAUCAGGUGUUGCAUGUUGCGCAAAGUCUGUUCCACGACCAUGAGCCUGCAAAGAAAUAUGGGUUACAGAGUGCUUGGAUAGCGCGAGGGGAGGGGGGAGAGAGUGGGAUGGGGGGCAACGUGGUAGAGUACCUUGCGGGCGAGAAUCCAAAAGUGGCGUUUGGAUGGCGAUUUAAUACCUUGGGAGAGUUGGCGGAGGCUGUCGAAAGGGAAGCAGAGAAGGAAAUCUGA